AAGUCAAGGAGGAGGGGAAGAGGAACCAAGUAUACGUCACAACCACCUCUUCAUCUGCUCCACUCUUUCCUUUCUCAUUAGCCUAUUAUCUUCUCCACCUUCCUCUUUUUCAACUGCUAUAACUACACAAGGAGGAUCUCGUUGUUGUUGUUCCAACCUAAUAAUAAAUAUGGUUGAGUCUGCCAUGUCAAAGACAAUGAUGGAGGAAGUAGUAAUGGCAAGUUCUUGGUCAGAGGGGUCAGAGGAUGAUGACCUUGUGAGAGAGCUUUUAGAUGAUGGGUCUCCCCUUCUUAUUGAACCCCCCAACACAACAACAAAAUUAGCCUCUUCAAGUGAUGACCAAGACCAAGCCUUUAAUAGGUUCAUCUCCAACAUUUACUCAGGACCUACCAUCUCAGAUAUUGAAAAUGCUUUGUCAGUGACCAACCAAAGAGAUCACCACUUCCCACAACUCUCAUCAGCCAGAGUUUCCAUAUUGGAAAGGGGUUUGAGUAAGAUUGAGAAUAAGUAUACCCUGAAAAUCAAAUGCUUUGGCAAUGGGAUGGGUGAUGAUGGAUAUAAGUGGAGAAAGUAUGGACAGAAAUCCAUUAAGAAUAGCCCAAAUCCUAGCAGGAGUUACUAUAGGUGCACCAACCCAAGGUGCAGUGCCAAGAAGCAAGUUGAGAGAUCCAAUGAGGACCCUGACACUCUUAUCAUAACCUAUGAAGGGCUCCACUUGCACUUUGCUUACCCAUAUUUCCUCAUGGGCCAACAACAGCAAUCUCAUUCCUACCCACCAAUCAAGAAGUCCAAGCCCACCUCUCCACAGGCCCAGGACCAAACCCAUAGAGCAGACUAUGUUCAUGAAGCCCAUCAGACAGAAGAAGCCCAAUCAAAUGCUUCUAUGGGUGUGAUGCCAUCAUCCACUUCAUUGGACUCUACACUAGACAUGGCCCAAGAAAGUUUGGGCUCACAAGGGUUGCUUGAAGAUAUGGUGCCAUUCAUGGUUCGGAACCCCUCAAACAAUGUCAAUAGUGCUCAUACAAAAUUCUCUUGUUCUUCAUACCGUUCUCCUCCAACAUCACCUCUUUGGGCUUCAACUUACUCCACCACUUGCUAUACCGUUGGCUUAAAUUCUAGCACUUAGUUUAUAAUUAUGUAUAUGCAAAGAUUUAGAAAAACAAUAAAUUUAAGGGGGUGGUUAAUUACAAUUGUUUUGCUUAUGUGAAUUUAAUAAUAUAAUGUAAUAGUAUAGUUUUUAUGUCACGUUAUCGAAGGAAAGAAAAAGGUGCUCUUAUUUUAGUGUCAAA